GCCGCCAGCCACGUCGCAGCGCCCGCCGGAGCCGCCUCGCCGCCCGCGCACACCCGAAGCGGCCGGGCCGGGCCCGCCUCGGCCCUCUGCUCGUCCUCCCCGCCCCGCACCGGCCUUCACUCUGGAGCGGCCCCGGCAGCCGCAGCAGGGGCGGCGGCGGCGGAUCGAGGAGCUCUCCAGGUCGUCCCGGGAGAGGCUGCUGCAGUCCCGGGACAGGAUGUUCUCCAAGUUCACCUCCAUCCUGCAGCACGCCGUGGAGGCGCUUGCACCUUCUCUUCCUUUACAAGAAGAUUUUGUUUAUCACUGGAAGGCAAUUACCCAUUACUACAUAGAGACUUCGGAUGAUAAAGCCCCAGUGACAGAUACAAAUAUUCCAUCUCAUCUGGAACAGAUGUUGGUUAUCUUGAUACAAGAAGAAAGUGAACGGGAAUUUGGAGAGACGGGGCCAUGUAUGGAGUAUUUACUUCAUCACAAGAUCUUGGAAACAUUAUAUACCUUAGGGAAAGCUGAUUGCCCUCCGGGGAUGAAACAGCAGGUUUUGGUGUUCUAUACCAAACUUCUGGGGAAAGUCCGGCAGCCACUACUUCCACAUAUUAACGUGCAUAGGCCAGUGCAGAAAUUAAUUCGACUAUGUGGUGAAGUCCUUGCAACGCCAACAGAAAAUGAAGAAAUUCAGUUUCUCUGCAUUGUGUGUGCAAAGCUGAAACAAGAUCCCUACUUGGUUAAUUUUUUUCUGGAGAACAAGUUUAAAUCACUGACUUCUAAAGGAGCACCAAAUGCAACUUCAGAAGAUGUAUUAAAAGGUCAAGAUUCCUUGUCAACAGAUACAGGACAGUCCUGUCGGCCAGAGGAACCGUCUGGUGCUUCUGGAAUGGAGCACACAGAGUUAGAGGAUGCGCCUCCUCCUCAGCUGGAUGAUCUGUCCACAGGCUUGGACAACCUCAGCAUCGCUUCACUGCCAGAGGCUACAGUUGUUCGUCCAAACCAGGAUUACAACUUAGUGAAUUCUUUGUUAAAUCUUACUAGAAGUCCUGAUGGCCGAAUAGCUGUGAAAGCCUGCGAGGGCUUGAUGCUGCUAGUGAGCCUGCCAGAGCCAGCGGCCGCCAAGUGCCUCACGCAGAGCACCUGCUUGUGCGAACUGCUCACAGACAGGCUCGCCUCCCUGUACAAGGCCCUACCUCAGUCAGUGGACCCCUUAGAUAUUGAAACAGUGGAAGCAAUUAACUGGGGCUUGGACUCAUACAGUCAUAAAGAAGAUGCUUCUGCAUUUCCAGGAAAACGAGCCUUAAUUUCAUUUCUCUCCUGGUUUGAUUAUUGUGAUCAACUCAUAAAGGAAGCACAAAAGACUGCUGCUGUUGCCCUUGCCAAAGCUGUUCAUGAAAGAUUUUUUAUUGGUGUUAUGGAACCUCAAUUAAUGCAAACUUCUGAGAUGGGUAUUCUGACAUCAACUGCUCUGCUUCAUCGCAUUGUUCGGCAAGUAACCUCUGACAUUUUGCUUCAAGAAAUGGUGUUUUUCAUCCUUGGAGAACAGAGGGAACCAGAAACUCUGGCAGAAAUCAGCAGACAUCCUUUAAGACAUAGGUUAAUUGAACAUUGUGAUCACAUAUCUGAUGAGAUAAGCAUAAUGACAUUAAGAAUGUUUGAACAUCUUUUGCAAAAACCCAAUGAGCACAUUCUUUACAACUUGGUCCUAAGAAAUCUUGAAGAAAGAAACUAUACAGAAUAUAAACCUGUGUGCCCAGAAGACAAAGAUGUAGUGGAGAAUGGAUUAAUAGCAGGAGCAGUAGAUCUGGAAGAGGAUCCUUUGUUUACUGACAUUUCACCAGACAACACUUUGUCAAACCAAGAGUGGCUUAGUUCUUCACCUCCUGCUUCUCCAGACCACCCCAAAAAUGAUGGGAAAACUGAAGUCCAUAAAAUUGUAAAUAGUUUUCUCUGUCUGGUACCGGAUGAAGCAAAAUCAUCCUACCAUGUGGAGGGCACGGGAUAUGACACCUACCUCCGAGAUGCUCAUAGGCAGUUCCGGGACUACUGUGCUAUCUGCUUAAGAUGGGAGUGGCCUGGGUCUCCAAAAGCAUUGGAAAAGUGCAAUUUAGAAGCAGCUUUCUUUGAAGGUCAUUUUUUGAAAGUUUUAUUUGACAGAAUGGGAAGAAUUCUUGAUCAGCCAUAUGAUGUCAAUUUACAAGUAACAUCAGUGUUAUCUAGACUUUCUCUCUUCCCUCAUCCACACAUACACGAGUACCUUUUGGACCCUUAUGUGAACCUUGCUUCUGGCUGUAGAUCUCUCUUCUCUGUAAUCGUCAGGGUUGUUGGAGACCUCAUGGUUCGAAUCCAGCGUAUUCAAGAUUUUACUCCCAAGCUUCUAUUAGUCAGAAAGCGAUUACUUGGUCUGGAGCCUGAAGGCCCUAUUAUCGAGCACAUCACGUUGCUGGAGGGUGUGAUUGUGCUGGAAGAGUUCUGUAAGGAGCUGGCGGCCAUCGCCUUUGUGAAAUACCAUGCUGCCUCCACACCAUAAACAGCAUCUUGCAAGUAACCAAGGGAACAGAACUGUUGUAUGCAUUUCAUCAAAAAAGCCUCAGUUCCACCCAGCCACAAGAGGAUAAAAAGCCUUUUUAAAUGAAGCAUUGCUGUAAACUGGACAGAACCAUUCAGAACCCACUGAGUGGACACUCAGUACAAUGUUGUGUGAUGUUGACUUUAUCAUAAUGGUUCUAGAUAUAAAGUUGCACAUCUUUGAGUCCAGGAUACAAUCAAAGGAACUUCAGGAAAUAAGCAUUUCCAAUGCCUGUGUGAAAAGCUGCAAAAUUUCUGAUGUCAUGACUUUGAUGAUAUUUCUGUUAAUUUAAUAUCCUUUUAGGUAGCAAGGCAUUUUGACAUUCUCUGGGACUCAAAUGCUUAUAUUCUUUUGGAUUAAUAAGUAGCAGGAAAAAAAACACCUAAUUUUAUAACUUUUUAAGGUCAGAAUUCUUAUCAAACAAAAUAUUGAAAAAAACUGUAAGUGAGAAAAAAAUACAAUUUAGGAACC